AUGCCAAUUUCAGCUCCAGAAUCGUGGCGACGAUUGCUGUGGGCAGCUCUCCUCGUCGCUCCGCUCGCCGCUCUGCUCUACCAGUUCCCGAUCCAAUUCCCCGGCGCCCCGUACACAAAGGCCGUCCCCGCCAUGGACGCCGGCGCCGAGCUGGAGCUGGAGUACGACAUGCCGGGCGUCCUGCGCGUGCACAAGAGCGGCCGCGUCGAGCGCUUCGACGGCGUCGAGACCGUCCCGCCCUGCCCCUCCGGGGACCCCGCCAACGGCGUCGCCUCCAAGGACGUCGUCCUCGACCCCGCGGCCAGCAUCCACGCCCGCCUCUACCUCCCUUCCGCCGCCGCCGCCGCCGCGGAGCCCGGCAAGAAGCUCCCCGUCGUCGUCUUCUUCCACGGCGGCGCCUUCUUCGUCCACACUGCCGCCUCCCCGCUCUACCACAGGUACUGCGCCUCCCUCGCCGCCGCGGUCCCCGCCGUCGUCGUCUCGGCCGACUACCGCCUCGCCCCGGAGCACCCACUCCCGGCCGCCUACGACGACGCCUUCGCGGCCCUCAAGGCGGUCGUCGGCGCGUGCCGCCCCGACGGCGCCGAGCCCUGGCUCGCCGCGCACGGGGACGCCUCCCGCGUCGUCCUCGCGGGGGACAGCGCCGGGGCCAACAUGGCGCACGCCACGGCGAUACGGCUGGGGAAGGAGGGCAUCGACGGCCACGGCGGCAAGGUGAGCGGCGUGGCGCUCCUGAACCCCUACUUCUGGGGGAAGGAGCCGGUGGGCGGGGAGCCGACCGACGCCGGGUACCGCGGCGGCUUCGAGCGCGCGUGGGAGGUGAUCUGCAGCGGCAGGUUCGGGCCCGACCACCCGUACAUCAACCCGGCGGCGUCCCCGGUGGAGUGGAGGCGGCUCGGGAGCGGCCGCGUGCUGGUGACCACGGCGGAGCACUGCUGGUUCGUGGAGCGGGCGCGCGCGUACGCGGAGGGGAUCAAGGCGUGCGGGUGGGACGGCGAGCUCCAGUUCCACGAGACCAAGGGCGAGGCGCAUGUCUACUUCCUGCCCAAGUACGACUCGGACACCGCCGUCAAGGAGCUCGCCAUGGUGGCCGAUUUCGUCAGGCGCUGUUGA